GGUGCAGCAAGGAAGUUUCCAGAGCUUUCGAGGGAGAUCCCCUUAACUCGAAUUCAUCCGCCUGAUCAUUUCCCUACCUUUUCCUAAAGGAGGAGCAGGACAACCUGGAAGAGAGGAGAGCUGAAUUUUUUAGGAUCCUUUCUUCCGGUUUGAGGAAUUCAGGGCUCCGCUGAUGAGCCUCGCUGCGUCGCGGAGGUGAGGCCGAGCGAACUACUUUCAGCAGCGCACGGAUACGGCGCCUACGUAAGCGUGAUGAGUGACGCAACAGACGUUGCAUAAAUUUCGGCCCCGCCGAGCCGCAGCAUUCAGAAGCGACUGGCAUUGUUGGCGGUUUCGCUGUUGCGGUCGAGGUGAUUCGGUGUGAUUGGUUUCACAGCGUCUGUGCCUUCACUCACAGGUCAAAAUGCAGAUCUUCGUGAAGACCUUGACCGGCAAGACCAUCACCCUGGAGGUGGAGCCCAGUGACACCAUCGAGAAUGUGAAGGCCAAGAUCCAGGAUAAGGAGGGCAUUCCCCCCGACCAGCAGAGGCUCAUCUUUGCAGGCAAGCAGCUGGAGGAUGGCCGCACUCUUUCUGAUUACAACAUCCAGAAAGAGUCCACCCUCCAUCUGGUUCUGCGUCUGAGGGGUGGUAUGCAGAUCUUCGUGAAGACCUUGACCGGCAAGACCAUCACCCUGGAGGUGGAGCCCAGUGACACCAUCGAGAAUGUGAAGGCCAAGAUCCAGGAUAAGGAGGGCAUUCCCCCCGACCAGCAGAGGCUCAUCUUUGCAGGCAAGCAGCUGGAAGAUGGCCGCACUCUUUCUGAUUACAACAUCCAGAAAGAGUCCACCCUCCAUCUGGUUCUGCGUCUGAGGGGUGGUAUGCAGAUCUUCGUGAAGACCUUGACCGGCAAGACCAUCACCCUGGAGGUGGAGCCCAGUGACACCAUCGAGAAUGUGAAGGCCAAGAUCCAGGAUAAGGAGGGCAUUCCCCCCGACCAGCAGAGGCUCAUCUUUGCAGGCAAGCAGCUGGAGGAUGGCCGCACUCUUUCUGAUUACAACAUCCAGAAAGAGUCCACUCUCCAUCUGGUCCUCCGUCUGAGGGGUGGCUGCUAAUUCUCCAGUCUUGCAUUCAUAAUGCCCACUGAUGGCAUUACUCUGCACUCUAGCCAUUUGCCCCAAUUUAAGUUUAGAAAUUACCAGUUUCAGUAAUAGCUGAACCUGUCCAAAAUGUUAAUAAAGGUUUUGUUGCAUGGUA